CCUCUUCAGUGUACAAACCAUUUCAGUAAAACAUGGGGUGGAGAACAUUCUGAAAAGGAAUGUCCUCCUAGUCCUGGAAUAAAAUACUUUAGGUCUCUCAGAUUAAGCCCUGUAAACUAGGAUUUGGGAGCCAGCAGAAGCAGGAAAGGCAAAGAGAGGGGCAUUCCUGUGACUUGGAAAUACCGGGCAGGUUCAGGGUUGCAAUGAGGACACUAUCUCAACUGGCUCUUCUCCUGCUCCUCCUAAGGGUAGUGGUCCAACGGGAGGGACCGUCUCGGUCUCAUUCUCUUCAAUUUCUCUUCAUGGGGGCAUCACAUCCUGAGUUAGGACUCCCUUCAUUUGUAGCCCUUGGCGAUGUGGAUGAGCACUUAUUUGUGUACUAUGAUCAUGAAAGCCGAAAGGCAAAACCCAGGGGCCCAUGGAUACAGAAGGAUGAAAUAGAUAAGUUUUGGAUGAGACUUACUCAAAGCCUGAAAGGAUGGGAUCAUAUGUUCAUUAUCGACCUUUGGACCAUAAUGGACAAUCACAGCCAAGGUCAGGGGUCUCACAUACUACAGGUAAUGCUUGGCUGUGAGCUCCUGGUGGAAGACAACAGAAGCAGAAGUUUCUGGAAAUAUGGCUAUGAUGGUCAAGACUAUCUCAUCUUCCAUCCAGAGACAAUGAACUGGACAGCAGUUCAGCCUGAAGCCCAGGGCACAAAGCAGGAAUGGGAGAUAAACAAGAUCCGAGCAAAACAACAUCGAACUUACCUAGAAAGAGACUGCCCUGAGAUGCUACAAAGAUACUUAGAGAUUGGAAGUGAAAUCCUGAAUAAGAAAGUGCCCCCAUUGGUGAGAGUGACUCGACACACCACUCAUGAAGGUGUUACCACUCUGAGAUGCCAAGCUCACAACUUCUCCCCAGUGAACAUUACAUUGAGCUGGUUAUGGGAUGGGAAGCUACUGAACCAAGGAACUGAGCUGGGAGACAUCCAUCCCAGUGGGGAUGGAACCUUCCAGAGCUGGAUAGCCGUGGAUGUUACUCCAGGAGAAGAACAGAGAUAUGCCUGCCAAGUAGAGCACCCAGGACUAGACCAGCCCCUCAUUAUGACCUGGGAGCAUCGCCCACUGUCUGUCACCCUGGCUACUGGGAUCACCACUGGGAUCAUUGGUAGCAUUAUCAUUACCACCAUAGUUGUCAUCAUCUGGAAAAAGAAGAAGGUGUCAAGAGGAUUGAUCAGGAGCUAUAUCCUGACUGAAGUAAACUGAUCCAGCUGGAGGAGAAAUAAUAAGAGUCAGACAUUCUGCUAAUCGUCAGCUGCCAGUCUCCCCUCUACAAUCCCAGUGGAAAGAGCCCUGGAAGGUGGCAUCCAUGCUAUGCACCCAUCACCACCAUCCUUUUCGCCUUCUUCAUUACCCAUGGACAUCAAAGGAUCCAGACUCUGAGUGGGUCUCAAACUCCCUUCUGAACAAUAUUAGAGUUCACGUUAUCCCUCAGUGGCAGUUCCCUGAAGAUACACAUAGGACACUGAUUAAAGUUAAACCUGAGGAUUGAAGUUGUUAUGAUAAAACGACUGGCAGUCUAUUUCAUAGGGUUUCUGAACCUUGAUAGAGUUGCUAUAGUAUUCAGCCACAAACAGCAAGUCUCUGGAGAAUUUAUUCAAUCUCAAAAGAGAAUGCUCAUUAGUUAAUUAACUUUCACAAGUGAUCUCACUUAUCAUUUCUAGUCUUCUUUUAUAUUUCUGUCCCUUAGGUAUUCUCCAUUCCAGUCAAAUUGGCCAGCUAAAUGUACAUAGCAUCAUAUCUGCCACCUAGGUGUCUUUACAUAGGUUGUAUCCCCAUACCCAGAAUGCACUCCUUCCAUCCUCUCUGCCUCAAACAAGUCCCUAAUAUCCAACCAAGCACAGCUCAGAUGCCACCUCAUAUAUAAACCCUUUCCUGAUCUGUUUAAUGGUAUACUAUUCUCUCCCUCUUGAAAUGAUUUUGUACGUCCUUUGCAUUUACUUAUCUAUAUAUAUAUCUUCUAUACACUUAGUAGAAUGUAAACUCCUUGAGGAAAGACUUUUGUUUUUCUCUUUGUAUAGUGCCUUGCACAUAGUAGCCACUUGAGGUAACCCAUAUUGAUCACUUACGACACUCCCUCUUUGUGAUUAAGUUUAUGCGAGAGCCUAAAUUUUUGAUAUGAAGGUUAUGCAGUGAACAUUUAAUUAGGAAAAAAGAAUUGUUUGUUUCUUCAAAUGUUAUUAACUUGUUCUUCUCUAAUGGGUACUGGUCUUUAACAUGUUGAUAAACUGACAAAUUCUUACUACUGAAUUCCGGAUUUUCUAGACUAGGGGUCUAGACCAUUCCACUUAUCUUCUGAUGGCCUAAAAGCAGGACUGAAAAAGAAUAUUGAAUACAGGAAGAAGUACCUGGAAAGGGCUGUAAACUUUUUAAAGGGUUCUUAAUUUGUGCCAAGCUGAGUAAUGUAAAGCUAUGCUUGUGAUUUACCUCAUAUGUAUAUGAUUCAAAAGGAAUUUAAACCCUGGAAUUUCUUAUAAUUGCAAUAAACCGUUGUGCACUUUUGAUCACA